GCCCCGGGCAGCGCAGGUCCUGUCUGACGGGCAUCAGCCGCGGUCAGGACCCUCCUGGGCACCGCCCGCUCCAACGCACUGGACUACAAUUCCCAGCAGCCAACGCGCAGUCGCCGACGCCCCCCUCUCCCAGUUGCUUCCCCGUGUUCAGGAAGGUGGACAAACACUGCCUUGUGAUCCGUGUGGGCUUCAGUGUCACUGAACAUCUUCGGCUCAAGUGAGGUCGACCUCACAACGGAAUAAUUACUGAAGACAGCUACUGUCAAACAGCAGCGUCCAGUCCUGUAAAUAAUGAGUAAAAGUGAUGCUCAGUUCUUAAAGGUUGCACCUGACACUGAAGUAUGAACAUAUGAGACAUGGCUUGCUGUACCUCUGAGUAACUUCUUGACCGUGCAGGCGAAGGACGAUUUAGCAGCUGACAUCCACAGCCCCACCUCCAGCAGAGAGGAGCCGGCUCUCCGCCGAUCAGCUGACACACUGUGGCCCCCGGCCUGUCGUUGGUUGAGGCUGCAGGGCGGCAGAGCGCCGGUGUCUGUAAACCGGCAGUCGGGGCGCUUGGUGCUCUGACAGCAAUGGAGGACGAUUCAUUGGAGGUGGCAAUGUGCAGGAACAGGCUUUGUGGUUUGGUCGCAGCAACGUUUACACCCAUGACGCACGAUAAUGAAAUAAAUCUUUCUGUCAUUGGUCAAUAUAUUGAUUAUCUUGUAAAGGUCCAAGGGAUUAGGAAUAUUUUUGUGAAUGGAACAACUGGGGAGGGCAUGUCACUUAGUGUUGAAGAAAGAAAAUUGGUUGCUGAAGAAUGGAUUAACCAAGGAAAGGGCAAGUUAGAUCAGGUGAUCAUUCAUGUUGGUUCCUUGAGUAUAAAAGAAUCUCAGCACCUGGCAGAGCAUGCUGCCAAGUGCAGUGCUUCUGGGAUAGCAGUCAUUUCACCAUUUUUUUUCAAGCCUCAAAGUACAGAUGCUUUGGUAGAGUAUCUGAAGGAAGUUGCAUCAUCUGCCCCUGGAAUCCCUUUCUAUUAUUACCACCUUCCUGAAAUAACUGGAGUAUCUUUAAAUGUUGUGGAACUGCUAGAUGGGAUUGAAAAGAAGAUUCCAACAUUCCGGGGGUUGAAGUUCACCAGCAGUGACUUGUUGGACUUUGGUCAGUGUGUUAACAAUUACAAGGAUAAGUUUGACUUGCUAUAUGGAAAAGAUGAGCUACUCUUGUCUGCAAUGGUAUUAGGAGCAACUGGAGCUGUUGGCAGCACGUACAAUUAUAUCGGGAAUUUAUACAAAAGAAUGCUGACGGAUAUUGAGAGAAAAGACUACAACUUGGCCAGGGAGCAGCAGGCUGUAGUUCAGGAAUUCAUUGGUUAUAUGACCAGACUUGGUUUUGGAGUGGCUGAAAACAAAGCUAUAAUGAUGCUUGUUUCAGGCAUUCCAUUGGGACCACCUAGGCUACCGUUGGUGAAAUGCAGUGAGGAGAAGAAGGCAAAAAUAUUGGACAAACUGAAAAUCCUGGGAUGGUUGAAAUAAAUAGCCCUAAUUAUAUAGUGUGAAUUAUACACUUGCAUUGUCAUGCAUUACAAUGAGAGUGUAUGUUUCAUUGUACACAAUUUCUUGCUAUCACAGCUGCAUAUCUGAAAGACUGAGGAAAACAUAAAUUAAUCAUUCAUUUAAUAAUUGUAUUUAGGAUAACUGAAUUUGAGGCAUAAAGCACAGCAUGUUUCAGAUGGCUGUAAUAUGAUUCUGUUUUAAUGUGGAAGUUCAAAGCCUGAGAAGGCACGUGUCAUGUGGAAAAAUCGUUCCUUGUAACCAUGAUUCCCAUAAUUUAACACAAUCUUCCCUACUUUUGUUGAUUUAGAUGGAACACUAUUAAGAGUUGUAUAUUUGGACAGAGCAACAUGUUAAUAGGCAAUGCUGCAGAUUACAAGUCACAGCUAAAAGAAAGGGCAUUAGAGAUUUUACAAAUUUUAAUAUUGAAAAUUUAACUUCUGUCAUUUUGGAGUCCAUUUGGACUAAUCUGUUAAAAGCAAUUACAUCUGCGAACUGGAUACUUUAUUUCAUCAGAUGGAGAAUGUGAAGGCUUCAGUGAAUGAUGGGGAAGGGUUUGUGUUUGAUGGAAUGGGAAAGGAAGAAAAAUGUUGCCUCUGUAUUUGUGCUGAAAUGGAGGUGGAAUUCAAUAUGUGACCAGCCAACCAUUGCAAUAAUUUAUUUUUCCUUGUAGUUCAAGGUAAGAUUAAAAUGUUUGAGGAAGGGCAUAUAAGAGAAUGGUUGGACAAUUAGGAUCUUAUGGAAAUGUUUGCAAUAUUGAUGAUAGCUAAUCCCAAGAGGGACUGGGAGUACCACUGGUGUAAUGCAGUAAUACAAAAAUAUAUUUGUGAAAAGCACACUUGAAGCUAGAAAGAAAGGGACAAAAAAAACUACAGAGAGAUUUUUAAAAAUUCCUUUGACCAUCUUCUCCCUGACCUCCAACCUCCAUUAUAUUCAGUUCUGUUGCAAAAUCUAUUCAGUAGGCACCAGUGCCAUCCAUAUUCCUAAUGGAUGUUUGAAGCUGAAUUAGCUUUUUCACAACCUUGAUGUUAUUUGAUUCUGAGCUGUAUUUUGUGGCAUUUCCUUCACUGAGAUUGCCUGAAUCUCUCCUGCCUCUGCUUGUCUGCUGCUGAUGGAGUUUGUUACCUCUAGACUGAGCUAUUCUAAUAUAUUGUUGGCCAACCUCCCAAGUUCUACUCUCUGGUAGUCUUUUCCACCUCUACCCUAAUUGCACUGUUCCAUUCACAAAUCUCUAUAUCUUGACCUUGUUCUAAAAACCCUCCGUGGUCUUGAUGUUAACAGUCUUUAGAAUCUCCGUCAGACUUAUAACCUUCCAAGAUAUCUGCAUUCUUCUAGACCACUUGUUGAUACCUACGUUUAAUCUCUCCAUCAUGGAUAGCUAUCCCUUUAACUACCAGGACCCCAGGUUCUGGAAUUUAUCUUUUUACCUCUUUCGUUUCUUGUUUUAGGCACUCCUUGAAAUCUACCUCUUUAAUCAACCUAUUGGUUAUCUAUGUUGAUACCUCCAUUUGUUUUUGUUCAAUAACACUCCUGUACUGUGUUUUGGAUUAUUUUUGCUAUGUUAGAGAUGCUAAAGAAAUGGUAUCAACAUCUGUAACUCAUGAUACUUGCUGGCAAAACAUUGCAAAAUUUGCACAAAUGUAAUUUUCUAAAAUUUAUGACCAACCUCAGGAGAUGCUUAGUAUCUUUGAUAAAUUGCAAGUAUGGUAAAUCUAUUACUGUUUUAAUUUCUCCAUCAAUUUCAUCCCUUUCUGGGUGAUAUUAACUCAUUGAAAUCUGUAUCUACAGAUGCCUCUGAUCCAUUGCCCAUCCAAACAUAAUCACUAAAUCUAGACAGUGAGGUUUGUCACUUAUUUUGGUCAUUGGGUUCCUUACAACUAAAGCCAAAUUUGCCCCAUCUAAUUUCCAUACUUCACAUUUUCUGCAAAGAUCUCUGAAUGGCAAGUGUCAGGAGCUUUGGAUUUAUUCACCUUACCCAGCUUAGGCCUUUACAUCUUUUGAUUUUAAUGCUGAACUAUUCUAUUGCAUAAACCUACUUAGCUAUCAGGGAAGUGUUGUUCAUUUUUUACUGAAUGACAGACAAGUUAAAGGGAAAUUAUUUAAAACAAUACUGUUCAUGUAAAAUACAGUGCUUUCACUUUAUUGAGGGAAUUGUAAGCUGAAGGAAAUCAGGCCUUUUCCUACUUUUUCCUGACUUGUUUUCAAGAUUAUUUCUAAAAUAAUUUUUGCAUUACUUUAGGGUUUUUAAUUGUACAUUUUAAUCAAUUUGCUUUCAACAGUUUAAAUGUUAAAAUAUCUUAACUUUCCACUUGUUGACAAAAAAAUAAACCAAUCAAAUUUUGCCUUUGUCUGCAGGUCGACCUGUACUUUAAUUUCAUGUUGAAGAGUUUGCAAAGGGAGUAAUUUUGGCAAUGUGACUGGACUUGUACUGCUAUUUAGUUCCGGUAACUUCAAAAGCUACCCCAAGACUAUAUUAAAUUUUCUAUAUAGAUUACUUCACAGCAGCAAUGCAAUUAAUCACAGCCACCCAUACAUAUUUAGUAUAAUCACCAUUUACUGAUUGAUGACACAUAGAUCAAUUUCCUAUUUCAAUUUGCUUUCUAUUGGUCAUCAUUUGAGGUUUCAUUUUGUCAGAGGAAGGAAAUGGUUCAGGUGUUUUUUUUUGUUAAAAAGAAACUUUCAAAUUGUAUC